GGGGGGUGAGACGCCGUCGGCGGGGCCGCUCUAGCCACCCAUUUAUUUCGCUGCUCGGAGAGACUGCCGCGCCGCGGGGGCCUCCAAGAUGGCGGCGCAGAGGAGGAGCCUGCUCCAGAGUGAGCAGCAGCCAAGCUGGACGGAUGACCUGCCACUCUGUCAUCUCUCUGGAGUCGGUUCAGCUUCCAACCGUAGCUAUUCUGCUGAUGGUAAGGGCCUCGAGAGCCACCCUCCAGAGGACAACUGGCUCAAGUUCAGAAGUGAAAACAACUGCUUCCUGUAUGGGGUCUUCAAUGGCUAUGAUGGCAACCGGGUGACCAACUUCGUGGCCCAGAGGCUCUCUGCAGAGCUGCUGCUGGGUCAGCUCAACACUGAACACACUGAGGCUGAUGUGCGGCGGGUCCUGCUGCAGGCCUUCGAUGUGGUAGAGAGGAGCUUCCUGGAGUCCAUCGAUGAUGCCUUGGCUGAGAAGGCCAGCCUCCAGUCCCAGCUGCCAGAGGGUGUGCCCCAACACCAGUUGCCACCUCAGUAUCAGAAGAUCCUUGAGAGACUCAAGGCAUUGGAGAGGGAGAUUUCAGGAGGGGCCAUGGCCGUCGUGGCAGUCCUUCUCAACAACAAGCUCUACGUUGCCAAUGUUGGUACGAACCGGGCCCUUCUGUGCAAAUCUACGGUGGAUGGGCUGCAGGUGACACAGCUGAACGUGGACCACACCACGGAGAACGAGGAUGAGCUCUUCCGUCUUUCACAACUGGGUUUGGAUGCAGGCAAGGUCAAGCAGGUGGGCGUCAUCUGUGGACAGGAGAGCACCAGGCGCAUUGGGGAUUACAAGGUCAAAUACGGCUACACUGACAUUGACCUGCUCAGUGCUGCCAAGUCCAAACCCAUCAUCGCGGAGCCGGAAAUCCAUGGCGCACAGCCUCUGGAUGGCGUGACAGGCUUCCUGGUGCUGAUGUCCGAGGGACUGUACAAGGCCCUGGAGGCAGCCCAUGGACCCGGGCAGGCCAACCAGGAGAUUGCCGCAAUGAUUGACACCGAAUUUGCUAAGCAGACCUCCCUGGAUGCAGUGGCCCAGGCUGUGGUAGACCGUGUGAAGCGUAUCCACAGUGACACCUUUGCCAGUGGUGGGGAGCGUGCCAAGUUCUGCCCACGGCAUGAAGACAUGACCCUGCUGGUGAGGAACUUUGGCUACCCACUGGGUGAAAUGAGCCAGCCUGCACCAACCCCGGCCCCAGGGGGCCGUGUGUACCCUGUUUCUGUGCCCUACUCAAGUGCCCAGAACACCAGCAAGACCAGUGUGACACUCUCCCUCGUCAUGCCUUCUCAGGGCCAGAUGGUCAAUGGCGCCCACAGUGCCUCCACCCUGGAUGAAGCCACUCCCACCCUCACCAACCAGAGCCCCACUCUGACCCUCCAAUCCACCAACACACACACGCAGAGCAGCAGCUCCAGCUCCGAUGGGGGCCUCUUCCGCUCCAGACCUGCUCACUCACUCCCACCUGGUGAGGACGGCCGUGUUGAGCCCUAUGUGGACUUUGCUGAGUUUUACCGCCUCUGGAGUGUGGACCACGGCGAGCAGAGCGUGAUGACAGCACCUUAGUCUGGCCUUAGAGCAGUCUUGGCGCAAGUUUGUGUAGGCACAGAAGGCUAGUGCCAAGGCAGGACAAGCUUCUUGACCUUUGCAGGUGCCAUGGAACCAGUGGGCAACGAGUCAUUGACGUGCUGCAGGUUCUACACCAUGACUCUGGGCGGUGGUCUGAGUGCAGACUGCAUUGCUGGUCCACACGGCGGCUGGAGGCCAGACCACAGGCAUCCUUAGACAGGGCCAAGUGUAGAAGCUGCAGGUGGCUGGCAAACCAUCAAGAGUGCCUCCGACAUGUUCAAAGAAUAGCAAGAAGCUGUCCUGUGGACCCCAGCUACCACAGGCCUGACAGACACUGCUCCCUCAAGACUGCCCUCCCUGCCUCAACCUCCCCUGGAAUAGCCCGGGACCUCUGCUAGUGCCCCUUGCUUCUGGAUGGCUAUCCAUCCCCUGCCCCUCUUUCAGCCUAAACUCCUAGAUCCACAGUAGAGAACAGUUGGAGUGGGUGCCUGUCCCUGGUUGUCACUGGAAAAGCUUAGGAAAGCCAGGAAAGCAGUGGGGCCUGUAACAGCCACAGGAGAGCAGGACUGGGGAGGACCAGAGAGAGCUGGCCAAGGAAUGUGAGUCCUGGGCUGCAGGACAGCCAGCUGGCAGCUGAGCUAACCCGGGGAGUCGGCUUCCCAACGGGGUGCAGAUGGUGAGGGCAGGCCAAGUCUGAAGCAAAUGCCCACUAGCCCUCCUCCCAGCUGGUACUGGGGAGACUGUGAUGGGGAGUGCUGAGUGCGGUGACUUCAUGCCGAUGAAGAAGCUGCUUGACUCUGGCUCUGCUGAAAGGAGAGUGGAAAGUGGCUGUGGGAGGAAGAAGUUCUCGCCCACCCAGAAAGGCCACUGGCACUGAGGAUGGGACGAUGUUUUUGGACAUGAAGGGGAAAGAUGGUGCCGCUCAGACCCUGAGUUGGACCAGUUCACAGAAGUUUCCUGCCUCCAAUCAGGAGGGCAACCACAUGGCUGCCUGCGGCAUGGCCGCCCCCGUGCUCAGAGGAGGAAGCAGGCCAUGGUGCUCCCUUGCCUGAGCCCUGCCAUCAGGACUGGAGUCCAGGCUCAAAUCUGUGGCCUUGUAACUGUGGUGUUCGCAACCCCUUUUUUGGUGUGUGCAGCCGCUAGGCAGCGUCCAGUGUGUCUCCUGUUGGCAAAGGCCAGUUCAGAUUACUUCUCACUCAGAUUCCAUGUCUCUAAAGUGAGGCUGCUCCCCCAGUGCCGAGGAGAAGCUGGGGUUCCUUGGAGGGUGGGUAGAAGCAGAGGAGGAGGAGGCCUUCUUUGCUCUUCUCCACUAGGCAGCCGCCUGCCCUGCAGGUGAGCAGGGUUCAGCCGAUGCACGAAGACUUGGGACAAAGGAGAUUCUCCCCCAGGAAAGUGGUGCUGUUUGGUCUCUAGAGAUAGAGCCAUGUUCCUAAUUCAGUGAACUAAAGAUAAUGGUGUGUCA